AUGCCUCUGUACAACAAGCUCCCAGAUGACCUCCACGAAGUUGACGUGAUCAUCUCUGGAGGUGGAAGUGCUGGCUGUGUGAUAGCAGCCAGACUUGCCGAAGCCGACCCCAAGGCUUCGAUUCUCCUAGUUGAACAGGGCAAGAACAACUAUAAUAACCCGACAGUCAUUCAUCCUGCGCUUUUCCCCAAAAACCUUGAGGAAGACAGUACGACAGCACUGUUCUGGCAGGGGAACAAGGCGCCCCAGCUCGCCAAUCGCAACCCAAUUGUCCCAUCAGGGGGCACGCUGGGUGGCGGAUCGUCCAUCAACUGGAUGGUCUACACCCGAGCACAGCGUUCAGACUUUAACUCGUGGAAUGCACCGGGAUGGUCAGCCAACGAGCUGUGGCCGUUCUUGAAAAAGUUUGAGACGUACCACGGCGGCGGUGAUGCAGAACACCACGGCGCAGAUGGCCCAAUUCACAUCUCAAGCGGCACAUUCAGAGCCAAACGGGCCGAAAAUGCCUUUAUCGAUGCUGCGGCUGCACAUGGGUACCCAGAACUCAAAGACCUACAGAACUUGGAUAACAACAAUGGCGUCGAGCGCUGGCUUCGCUACGUGGGGCCCGAUGGACGCCGCCAGGAUGCCGCACACAGGUACAUCCACCCCAAGCUCCAGAGUGAUCAAUACCCCAACCUGCAUGUCCUCGUUGAGACGCAGACUGUGCGCGUUCUCUUUGACGGUAACAAACGCGCCAUCGGUGUUCAGUAUCAGCCCAACGCAAAGUACAAUAAGGACAAUGUUGGUGGUGGUACACGUACUAUUAGCGCACGCCAGCUCGUGGUACUCUCAUCUGGUGCCAAUGGUAGCCCACUGAUUCUGGAGCGGUCCGGUGUUGGAAGCGCAAAAGUUCUUGAGCGUGCGGGUGUUCCAGUUGUGGUCGACUUACCUGGCGUUGGAAACGAUUACCAGGAUCACCAUUUGUCUCUAUGGACCUACCGGACGAACCUGGGACACGACGAGACCAUCAACGGCUUCUUCAACGGGCGCUUCAAGCUCGAGGAGAUGGUGCAGCAGAAGCACCCCCUACUAGGCUGGAACUCGAUGGACGCAUCAGGCAAGUUCCGGCCCACCGAGGAAGAAGUAACGGCCCUCGGCCCCGAAUUCAAGGCCGCAUGGGACAGGGACUUCAAGAACGACCCCAACCGGCCCCUGAUGAUCAUGGCGCUCUACCUCUACGUUUCCAUGGCAAACUGGACCGCCUAUCCGUACUCGCGCGGCCACAUUCACAUCACCGGGCCAGACCUGGGCGACCCCAUCGACUUCAACGUGGGCUACCUGACCGACAAGGACGACAACGACGUGAAGAAGCACAUCUGGGCCUACAAGGUCUCCCGCGAGAUCAUCCGCCGCUCCGCAAUCUAUCGCGGUGAGCUGCCCUCAGGCCACCCCAGCUUCCCCGCCGGGUCCGAGGCCGCCGCCCAGCCUGUCGCCGACGGGCCCGUCCCCGCUGGCGCACCCCGCAUCAAGUACACGCGCGAGGACGACGCGGCGAUCGAGCAGGCCAUACGCGAGAUCGUGGGCACGACGUGGCACUCGCUCGGGACGGCCAAGAUGGCGCCCCGGGAGAAGCUUGGGGUCGUCGACCCUGCGCUGAACGUGCAUGGGGUGACGGGGCUUAAAGUUGCGGAUCUGAGUGUGCCGCCUGAGAACGUGGGUGCCAAUACGAACAACACCGCCUUGAUGAUUGGCGAGAAGGCCGCGGAUCUGAUCAUCAAGGAGCUCGGGCUCGGGCAGUAA